ACCAAGGCAGAACGACAUAACUGAUAUGUCCGCCUCGGAGCGCUUUCUCUUGCUCCUCGGUCUUCUAGCGCCGUUGCCGACACUUCACCGCAGCGACGACGACGACGACCGACAGCAGUGGUGCCUGCAUUGGGUGCUCGUUGCCCUCCUUAUGUCGACGCAUCCGUCACUCGACCUAGUGGUUUCGCGAGGUCAAGCUAUCGAAGACCUUGCCGCGCUCAUGGCCCACGCCCCGACAACAACCGAGAAUGUGGCCAAGUACCAGCGCAUUGCUCGGGCCUUGCGAGGGUCGACUCAACUCGAGGCGACACCGCCGUACCGACCGCCUGCGAAGCCCAAGCACGGCUAUCUGAAGACCAAAAUGUGCUAUCACAUGAAGAAGGGAUCGUGUUCGUUUGGUGCGAGCUGCGUCUACGCGCACUCGACCGCCGAGCUGCGACCGUUUGUCACCGAUGCAGCCCGGGCAAUCUCUGCUGACACAAGCACGGCCACGACGGAGAGUUCCGGCUCGGACGCCGACGGCUAUGGCUCCCCCGUCAAGUCUGCGUGGCAUUACAACCCUGGUCCCUUACCGUCGGUUCGAACCCUCACGAACGAGCGCUGUGCGUCGUCCGAGAACUGGCGAGCGCUACCUCUCGUGUCCAAGCCAGCGUGCACCUUUUACCGCCGCGGUACCUGCACCCGCGGCGACGACUGCGAGUAUCGUCACGACAGCAGUGAGUGGAACAAGAUCAAGACGAAGUUGUGCGUCAACCAUACGCGAGGCAGCUGCACGUUUGGCGCCAAGUGCACGUACGCCUCGGUCUCCUCUGCAACCGGUCACACGAGCAACGUGUCUUAG